GAAAUACACCUACAUCUACAAAGCAUCGGUAAAUACAUCAAAGCGGAGGACGUUGUACGCUUUAUGGGGACACCGGAGAUGUUGGAGAGGACGAAACGCACCAAGCCUAUUUCCGUUAUAACUGCACGCGCAUGGCUCGCACGGAUGGGAUACCGCUGGAAGCGUGACCAUAGAGGCCAGUACGUUGAUGGCCACGAGCGCGAGGACGUUGUCACCUAUCGAAACAAGAUCUUCCUGCCUGCAAUGGCUAUAUUUGAGCUGAAAACACGGAAAUGGGUCGAUUUAGAGCUAGACGAGGAAGGGAACUAUACCUUGCAUGGGCGCCGUGUCGUAAUCUGGUAUCACGAUGAGUCCACCUUUUACGCUCACGAUCGUCGAAAGAGCCGUUGGGUGGCUCCUGGUGAAGCGCCGAUACCACAGCCGAAAGGGGAGGGGGUUUCGCUGAUGGUCGCAGACUUC